UCGAAAGUGGUCGAGUAUUUAGGAGUCCAGAAAGAAUUAAAGUUCGAGUCGAAGAUGUCUGAAAAGCCUGUCCAAAAGACAAAGUCUGCGCCACCAGCUCACCCUUCGUAUAAGGAUAUGAUCAUCGCAUCGAUCCUGGCACUAAAAGAACGAAAGGGAGCGAGUCGGCAAGCUAUCGCGAAGUAUAUCAUAACGAAUUAUAAAGUCGGUGACAACGCUACCAAGUUGGUGAACGGUCAACUGAAGAAAGGUGUGGCAGCUGGAAUAUUUGUUUUGUCAGCAGAAAGCAGUUCACGAUUUAAACUUAGCGAAGCAGUAAAGACGGCGGCUAAGAAGCCCGCUAAAAAACCAGCGAAGAAACCCGUUGCAAAGAAGCCUGCCGCCAAGACUGCGAAGCCGAAGAAACCAGCAGCAAAGACAGCCAAGACCACCAAGAAGUCGCCUAAACCUAAGAAGAAGCCUGCGAAAUCCCCGGCAAAGAAGUCCAAGAGCCCAGCCAAGGCAAAGAAACCGGUCGCCAAAUCAGCCAGCAAGAAGUCGGGGAAGAAACCAAGCCCAAAGAAAGGCGUGAAGAAGCCAGCUGCAAAGAAGGCAACUAAAGCUAAGAAAUAAACAAACGCCUCAAAGACGUCAAACAAAACGGCUCUUUUUAGAGCCACCAAAUUUUAAAAAGAAUUAAGCGUUUAUCUCGGUUUGUGUCUCCAGUCUUAAGCAUUCAAUUGCCCUCGCGUUACCCACACAAUUGUUUCAAUCUGUUGUAGUAAUUUCGUUUCUGUCCAAUUAUCGUGUGAAACCAAACUUCGCCUACUAGAGGUGCUGUUUGUAAUCACAAGUUUGAUUUCAUUCCGAAACCGUAAGGUAGAUAUUUAUAUAUAGUAGGUCUCCUCGAUUUUAAUGUUAAAAAGCAAGUGUCGGCAAUAACAAUUACGAUUUGAAUGUUAAUUUGCAUACAAGGCUACAAGCUCAGCAUGGUUGCCUGGAGACAUCUCAUUCUUUUAUAGAACGGCCGGGCUGUAAUCGGGGGGCGAUUUGAAUGUUGUUUAUAACAUUUCCACUAGAAGAACAGGCGCCUAUUAAUUGCUUCAUUCAAACCAAAUAAAUAUUUGUCUCGAAUACAACACACCAAAUAAAUAUUUGUCUCGAAUACAACACAACUCGUAAGGAGGUGGGGCCGUCUCGAACGAAGGCGGAAAAUUUGCAGUAUUCUCGAAUUACAACUACAAAAUUUUAUAUUAACUAUGGCUUCUAUUAUGGCUAACUUAUUGUAAAUAAAUAAUCAGUGCGAGCAGAAUGGCUCCGUUUCAGUUUGACUAUUAACACUGAGAUUAAAUUGAGUAUUUUGAUAUAUGGUGCCUAACUAUAGAAGUACAUGCAUGCAGCAAC